AUGCAACAUUCACCGCCGCCCUCACGCCUGGAGGCCGCGGCGGAUGAGAAACACUGGAAAUGUGAUCGGUGCUGCUCGACGUUCAAGCGCCACGAUCAUUUGAAACGCCAUUCGGCUACGCAUAAAACACAGAGAAGCCACGCUUGCCAUUUCUGUGGCGCGUUAUUUAGCCGGGGUGACGUGUUACGAAGACAUUGGAGAUCAUGCAAGACACGCCUCGAAAAUGGCAUCGAGAUGCCCCAAGGUCACCGAGGGGGCAAGCAUAAGCGUGCUUGUGACGGCUGUGCAAGCAUACGAAAGGCUUGCAACGGGGAAAAUCCUUGUUCAGAGUGUAAUCAUCGUGGGCGACCUUGUACCUAUCAACGACUCUACGAGGAUCUAGAUGUCACGAUUUCAAGCCCCCGGGAUGACUCAGUGAAGAAUGAUCCAAAAGGCGAUGCUUUUGAAACGGGCAUGGAGAUUAACGAACCCGAAGGACCACCCUGGGAGUUGGGGCCUCAGAAUUUCUAUCCGUCGAGGCAAACAGGACAGAUCGUCUAUGCACGGAACAGCUUUGGCACUUGA